GGGACGGAGGAGACAAGAUGGCGCUGCGGGCGAUGCGGGGGAUUGUGAACGGGGCCGCGCCGGAGCUGCCCGUGUCCACCAGCGGGCCAGGGCUGGGAGCUCGGGAGCAGGCGCUGGCAGUUGCCCGGAACUACAUUUCCCAGCCUCGCCUCACAUACAAGACAGUAUCGGGAGUCAAUGGCCCACUUGUGAUCUUGGAUCACGUUAAGUUUCCCAGAUAUGCUGAGAUUGUACAUUUGACAUUACCAGAUGGCACCAAGAGAAGUGGGCAAGUUCUAGAAGUUAGUGGUUCCAAAGCAGUGGUUCAGGUAUUUGAGGGGACUUCAGGUAUUGAUGCCAAGAAAACGUCCUGUGAGUUUACUGGGGAUAUUCUCCGAACACCAGUGUCUGAGGAUAUGCUUGGUCGGGUUUUCAAUGGCUCAGGAAAACCCAUUGACAGAGGUCCUGUUGUACUGGCUGAAGACUUCCUUGAUAUCAUGGGUCAGCCAAUCAAUCCUCAGUGUCGAAUCUACCCAGAGGAGAUGAUUCAGACUGGUAUUUCAGCCAUAGAUGGAAUGAACAGUAUUGCUAGGGGGCAGAAGAUUCCUAUCUUCUCUGCUGCUGGGUUACCACACAAUGAGAUUGCAGCUCAAAUCUGUCGCCAGGCUGGUUUGGUAAAGAAAUCCAAAGAUGUAGUAGACUACAGUGAGGAAAAUUUUGCAAUUGUAUUUGCUGCUAUGGGUGUAAACAUGGAAACUGCCCGGUUCUUCAAAUCUGACUUUGAAGAAAAUGGCUCAAUGGACAAUGUCUGCCUCUUUUUGAACUUGGCUAAUGACCCAACUAUUGAGCGAAUUAUCACUCCUCGCCUGGCACUAACCACAGCUGAAUUUCUGGCGUACCAAUGUGAGAAACACGUAUUGGUCAUUCUAACAGACAUGAGUUCUUAUGCUGAAGCACUUCGAGAGGUGUCAGCAGCCAGGGAAGAGGUUCCUGGUCGACGAGGCUUCCCAGGUUACAUGUAUACAGAUUUAGCUACGAUAUAUGAACGUGCUGGUCGAGUGGAAGGUAGAAACGGCUCUAUUACUCAAAUCCCUAUUCUCACCAUGCCUAACGAUGAUAUCACUCACCCCAUCCCUGACCUGACUGGGUAUAUUACAGAGGGGCAGAUCUAUGUGGACAGACAACUACACAACAGACAGAUUUACCCACCUAUUAAUGUGCUGCCCUCACUGUCACGGUUAAUGAAGUCUGCUAUCGGAGAAGGUAUGACCAGAAAGGAUCAUGCUGAUGUAUCUAACCAGCUGUAUGCAUGCUAUGCUAUAGGAAAGGACGUUCAAGCCAUGAAAGCUGUAGUGGGAGAAGAAGCCCUCACCUCAGAUGAUCUUCUUUACUUAGAAUUUCUGCAGAAGUUUGAGAGGAACUUCAUUGCUCAGGGUCCUUACGAAAACCGCACUGUCUAUGAGACUUUGGACAUUGGCUGGCAACUGCUCCGAAUCUUCCCCAAAGAAAUGCUGAAGAGGAUCCCUCAGAGCACCCUGAGCGAAUUUUACCCUCGAGACUCAGCAAAGCAUUAGCUGCUGCUUCAUCCUUGACUUGGUACUUCUUGUGAAAUACUGGUUCUAUUUUCUCCUUUCGCACUCUUCCACCCCCACCAUUGUGCUGGAGUUUACCGUGUUACCCUGUAACUAAAAACAAAGAAUAGGUAACAUACUGUGCCAGUGUUGCAAUGUUUUAAACUGCUAACAGACUUUAAAAUAUCCCUUAUUCAGAAAAUCUGGAUCUUCAGUGCUUUGUUUAAAGUAGCUGCAGGGAUGGAGGUGACGUUUUCUUAUUGAUGUAUGUAUUUGUACAUAGUGUCCUCAUCAUUUGGGUCUUCUAGACCUUACCUCUCAACCCCCUUAAGAGUAUCACUAUCUGAAGUUAUAAUGCUUUGGUUUGUAAAUUAGGGGCAAGAUCAGGUCUGACAAAGAAGUCUCUUGGAAGAGCCCAGAGGCUCUUUACUGAGUAUUUUCUUGUGUAUCAUUGGUGUUCCUGUCGGUCUGUGCCGCAGCUCUAAGCAGGCAGUUUUCACUGUCCACUUGCUCUUGCCUGUAUAAUGAAUAGAUUAGCAAAAGGAGUUUUCUUUUCCUCUUCACUACAUAUGAGUUGGGAUUCCUGUGUCUUAUAGUUCUCCCUGUGAGUAACACACAGAAUCAUGCAACUCUUGCACAGCUCGUGUUUACCUAAUAGCAGUGAGAUGCACUGUCUUGGUGAUCCUUACUGGGUUUCCAUGUAGAGGAAUCAGAUAAUUAAAACAACUAAUAGAACUGUUGCUUGGAAAGAGUUAGGGAACAAUAAAAGAAGAAAGAAAAACCUAUAUUCGUCUACAUUCUGACAUGCUAACAGUGGUUUACAUUUCUAAAGUGUUUACCAGACACUGAAGGCAAGGUUGGGAGGAUAAAGCUCUUAUGUUUAUGGAUAUUUUAAACUCUGUUAGAGAGCAGCCUUUGGAAAGUCCUUGAUUUGGUACUGCUUUCCAACCUAUCUCUACCUUUCCAGGGUAAUCUUGCGGCACAAGUGAUAGCAUUGAAAAGCUUUAGAGUUUAUUACUUCCUGCUCCUUCUGAUGUGAGCCCUGAGCUAUCUUCUAUGCAGUUCUGCCGUGUCUACUGUUUGUUCUCUUUGUGUCCUUUGUUACUUGGGUGCAAUAGCAACUUCUUACUCUGUGCAUUCCAUCUUUCAAGUUGUGUAAAGUUCUUCACUUUUUUUCUCUGGGGGGUGGGGGGAGUCAGCAUGGUUAUAUUUUAAUGUAGAAAAUGUGACGUCUGGAUAUAAAAUGAAAAUAAAUGUUAAAUUAAAU